AAUAUAGAAAAGGGGAAUUCCAAUUAUAAUAGACAGCCAUUUUCCUCAAUUGGGAAGUGAAAGAAAAUAUUAUUUAAAAAAUAAUAAUGUAAAAGAACUAUGGACAGAGAAGACCGAAGACGUUUCUUUGUUAUAGGGUCUACUAUACUUGAAGUUGUUACUCCAGUAUUUAAACAUAAGCUAGAGAACAAUUACACUAACCAUGGAGUAGCAUGCUUUAAAGAUUAUUUAAACAGUCAGCCAGUGGUCCAUACCCUGUUCCAUUUAAGACACAGAUAUAUGAAGUGUUGUAAAGACAAUGGUAACUGUAUCAGUAACAGAACCCUGCCAAUCAACUACUGUCAAUGGGACCUGCUGUAUACAGAAAACCCAGGGCCAGGUCAACAUUACUGUUACUGUAAAUAUACAGCUAAAUCUGUCCAACUGGAGGAUCUCGACAUCACCCUGGCAGGCCUUAUUCUUCUUAACUGCUGCACCCUGGGGCCAGCCGAACAACUAGCAAUCAAAAUGCUCAGGCAGUACAAGAAUGACUACUUAAGCCACAACACAAAAUGUGGCAUAACAAAACAUGAAUAUGAUGCAUUGUGGCCACAUAUCACACGUUUUGUUCUACAACUUGAUUCAAGCAAACAAGAUGAUCUGGUCAGAAUAAAGAAUAGACCGAUGGAUGAACAACUUUGCACUAAAUACUUCAUUGACCUUUUGGAUGUUCACAAGCAGUUGGAUCAGAUUACACUAACAGUUCAAGAGUUGAAUUCUACAUUUCAAACAUUAAGCACAACAGUCCAUGGACUUAAUACGUCAUUGCAAGGAAUUGGAUGGAAUAUACAUGGAUCAUUCCAGGGAGUAAACACAACUUUACAAGGAAUACAGACAACAAUGAAUAAACUACUCUACUAUGCUGAAAAAGGUGUAACUUGUACAUGUCAAAGAGAAACUCCCGAUAUCCAAAGACAGCAAAGAAAAUCCUACAUACUAGGACAAGAUAUCUUUUACCAAAUUCAGCAAUUUACUACAAUACCUUACAGUACAUUCCUUCAAGAAAACAAAGCUGUGAUAACAAAUGAUGGACAUGUGGCCUAUAUACAAUUGGAUAAUUGUUCAAUAAAGAUUUAUAAUACAGAAGGUUCACAUGUUUGUACAAUACCACUACAGGGUAAACCAUGGGAUAUAACUGUAGUCAAUAACUCUACAGUAGCUGUUACUAUAUCUUUCAGUGAAAGUAUAGACAUAUGGGACAUAAACAAUCAACAGAAAGUGAAAUCAAUACAAUUAUCUUUCGGGUGCUAUGGCAUCACAACUAUAAACAACAAGUUAGUAGUAGGCUGUCGGAGAAGAAUGAUGAUUAUAGAUCCUCAGACAGAGGAGGUGGAGAAGACCAUUGAUACUGGUGAUCGUACUCCUAUCAGACUGUGUGGUUCUGGUGAUGGUAUAUUUUACACAGAUUACAACAGUUAUCACCUGUACCAAUACAGUUACUUUAAUAACAAGAUUACCAAACUAAUGUUACCAUCACAGCCCAGUGAUAUGACCAUACUACAAGAUGGUAGUGUGUAUGUGAUAUGUAUUAAUGGAUCAGUACAACAUGUGUCAGCUGAUGGAAAGAAGUAUAAACAAGUUACUCCAAAGAGAUUAACAUCACUGGGAUGUAGAUUUGGAAUAAAUUAUAAUCCCAGACAAAACAAACUGGCCAUUACUGAUAAAAACUCAAUUACAGUGUUUAAUGAAUGCUGAUUUAUACACUUAAAUAACAAUCUUCCUUAGUUUCAUCACAAUGAACUAGUUCUUGCAAGGUAUUAAAGUGAAUGUGAAAGAUCUUGUGAGUGGAUU